AUGUCGACAUGCCACGCCCUUGAAGUCCCAAACACACAAUGGAACUUCUGUCCCUCCGCAGCCGCCUCUAUCCUAUUCCUCGCGCUCUUCACCAUCACAACCAUAGCUCAUCUCAUCCAAGCCAUCCGAUACCGAUCGCCAUACUGCUGGGUUAUCAUCAUGUCGGCCUUCUGGCAAGUCUUCACCUACAUCUUUCGUACCGUUAGCAUCUACAACCCGGCCAGCUUUGACUACUAUGCCACAUGGUUUGUCGUCAUUCUCGUCGCGCCGCUAUGGACCAAUGCAUUUGCCUACAUGGUUUUUGGGCGCAUGGUCUGGUGCUAUACGCCUGAUGGUAGAUUGUACGGCGUCAAGGCUUGGCAGUUCGGUUUUAUCUUUGUUUUAUUGGAUAUUAUCGCUUUUAUUGUUCAGGUUUAUGGUGCGGCGCAGGCUGCUACUGGAAAGAACAAAACACUUGACGAGAAGCUGGAUGCUCUACACAUUUAUAUGGGCGGAGUCGGAAUCCAGCUGUUUUUCAUUCUCGUCUUCGCCGUCUUCGGGAUCCAUCUCUUCCGCCGGCUUUGCAGCUCGAACUCGGGCAUAGAUUCUGGAGCGCAGAAGAGAUCUGUUAUGAAGCUGUUCUACGCUAUGUUUAUUGCACUAGCUCUUAUUGUUCUGCGAAUUAUUUUCCGUCUUAUAGAAUAUUCCGAAGGCCUUGACAGUACGAUCCCGCGACACGAGGCCUAUCAGUAUGCGCUAGAUUCUCUACCCAUGCUGAUUGCCUUGGUGGCCUUUAACGUUGUUCACCCGGCUCGCGUUAUGGGAAGCAAACAGACCAGCAUGCCUAAGUUUUGGCAGAGAAACAAGAGGCAUAACGAGAUGCAGUUAGGCGAUGUAUCUUGA